AUGGAGAAGGGGUUUAUCUGUGGAGCCUGUAACAUGGUGUUUCCCUCCACUGAGCUGCUGGAGAAACACAAAGCACAUCUCUGCAUUGGGAGGGAGUCGGCGCACUUUCAGGUAUCGAGGCACAACUCUGAAAUGGUCAUAAGACACAACGCUGAAGCUGCGGAACUAAAAAAGACAAGAACACCUGACCUUGUCCAGCUGAAAGGUCAGCGAGGGAACAUCAUCAGGUGGAAGAGUGUUGAUUCUGAGCCAGCGAGAGUAGAAGAUAAAGCAACGACCAGUCAGAUAGAUGGUGCUGCUCUGAAAACACUCACUGACGAGGUACAACAGAACCGAACCAACCUUCAUCCUUCACAUCAUGAUAGGUCAUGUGGGCGUCAGCUGGGUCACAGUGAGAGACUGAAGGCGAUGAGGGAAAUGGCGGAGCGCCAUGAGCACCAACUGGCCCUGAUACAUGCUCACAACCAGCAGCUGGAACAGCAGAGAGAUGAAUUGGCCCAGCAGGUAAAUGUCUUAACUGAACAAAGCAGUGUAAAACAUCUGGAGAGUUUACUGAAGGAGCUCCGACAGCAGGAGGAGAGGACCGAAGAAACACUGCAACAACUUACUGAACAUCUCCAAGCCAUACACGUACAAGAAGUGUCUGUACCUGUAGAUCAGCCAGAUCCACGCACGGAUCAAAAGAUGCAUCACAGCAACUCUAAUCUAGUUUCCUCGGUGGAUGGCCCUCUUUCUGCACAGAUUAAAGCUCUGCGUCAGGCCUACUUGCAGUCUGGUGGGUCAGAUCCGGCCAUUGUGGCACAGAUGAUUGACCUGCAGGCAGAAGCCCAGAGUCUGGAGAAGAGCCCACCAUCAGUCGCCCCCUUAGCCAGGAGGAGAAAGAAGGGAAAGCCUCCUCGAUGGGAUCUGAGUUGCAAGUUGUUGGCUGUGGAACAGAACAACCAGAGACUAGAGGAGGAAAUCAUCAGGAUCCAAGUGGCAAGGGAGAGACGACACAACCAUAUGAAGCCAUAUGGAGCAGUGAGGUCUGAACUUGAACUGCUCCAGAGGGAGAACCUUCAGCACAUCACCAGUCUGCAGGCAAAGAUGGAGCGAGAAGAACAACUGCACAGGAUGUAUAGACACCAGCCCCCCCACCUCCAAAACAAGACACAUCCACCUUUUUCCCUGCUCCAGGCCAGAUCCUCCUCCUCUUCACUGGGUAGAAGUGUGAUGGAACCAGUGGACUUACUCGGUCCGACUCCCUACGAUCCUGCAGCUGGGUUUCUGGUUUUCUAUGACCUGGUCCUGAGAGUUGAUGCCUCUCAGAGGGUGCUACGUCUCACGGCAGCAAUCUAUUCUGAAGGUCAGGCAGUGGAGGCGCCAACGUUGCUGCCUCCUGUUCAGUGCCUGCCCGGAGAGUCAGCGUCUUAUGCCCAGAGACUCACCACUGGAAACUAUGCCCUUCUGUCGUUCAAACAGCCGGUGCCCAGGAUUCAGCCAUCACCCUCCCUCUCUCUGGUGGUGGAGGUACAGGCAGCUGGAAAUCCUGACGUUUACAACCAGGAAGGGUUCAAACUGGUAUCAUGUGGGUGGACACAACUGGAGCUAUUUGACCAGUACAACCAGCUCAGGAGUGGCCACUGGAGGGCACCAAUACGCAGCCUCCCCAUUAGACCCUACUUAAGCCUUGCACAGCUCAACUCAGUCCCCCAGGUGGGCAGCAUGGAGUUAUGCCUGCGUUUGGUGAACAGCAGAGAUGGAGACAUGCAGACUCUAAUAAAGCCUGAUCCCAGCAGCACCAGCCACUACAAAUAUCCAGCUGUGGUGUCCUCUCUUCCUGUGAUUGUCCAUGGAAAUGGGUCAGUUUCAGCUCCGUGUGGAUCCCAGGAUUGUGAUCUGUCCUCCCUGCUAACCCCCCAUGACCAAGACCCUCCACCCACACCGGGCAGUCAGAGGUGA